UCCGACUUCACUUCAGCACCAGAAAUCCAAACUUAAUCUGAACUCAUCAAAGACUGAGUCCAAAACCACGGAGAAUCUUUACUGUCUCCAUUUUCCGAUUACUUUCUCAUCAAGAAAAAAGAAAAUUCCGAGUAUCUAGAAUCUUCUUUCUUGAAGAUUAUCUUAUUUAUUCCGCUGGUCGCGACCUGCAUUUUGUUCAAUCGAAGACACUUUUGGAUUUCAUUGCUUUGACUUUGUUCCCAAAUUUGAGAAAUUUGGGCUUUUUUUUUUUGGUUCCGUAAUUCGGUGGCUGAUUUUAUGGCAAAUCAAGGCGGAGAAAAGAAGAGAGUGGUGAUUGUAGGAGGUGGUGCGGCUGGUUCCGUUAUUGCUCGCUCUCUUCAGUUAUGUGCCGAUGUAGUCCUUAUAGAUCAGAAGGAGUAUUACGAGAUUCCAUGGGGGAGCUUGAGGGCUAUGGUGGAGCCAUCAUUUGCUGAAAGAACAGUGAUUAAGCACUCUGAUUAUCUUACCAAUGUGCAGAUUGUUGUAUCUACUGCAACUAAUGUCACAGAAAGUGAAGUUUUCACUGCAGAUGGCCAUUCGUUUGCAUACGAUUAUCUGGUUGUUGCUACUGGUCACAAGGAUUCUUUUCCCAGAACUAGAUCUGAAAGGCUCAGUCAGUAUGAGUCAG